CAUCUCUUUCUAUUUUCUUGUUCCUAAAAUCAAGUCCGUCCAAUAAAACCCUAAUUUUAUCUCCCUCACCAUCGUUUCACUCCUUCACAUAGCUUUAGGAUUAGCUUCGACCCAAAACUGCGACGACGAUUAGGGUUUGAUUCGAGAUGUCCUACAACCAACCACGCCCCUCCGAUAAUCAACAAUAUCGGCGAACUGGGCGAUCCGCCGGCUACCAACAGCAGCAGCAGCAGCAACAGCCGCACCGAUCUUCCGCCGCCGGUUACGGAAGGGGAGCCGGAGCCGGCGCCGGACCUGCUCCCGCCUCUUCCGCUACUGUCGAUCCCUCUAAUCGCAGUUUUAAGAAGGCUCAAGGAGGAGGGCAGCAGCAUCAGCCUAGGGUGAAUCUGCCUCCUGUGAAUCAUCAUUCUAACAAUCACAACGGUCCUCCCAAUGUACAAUCUCGCUCUCAAGGAGCGUCUGGUGAACCGGUUAUUGGUGGACCGGGCAAUUCAAUUAGUGGAGCUAUUCCAAAGGCUCCAACUUCGCAGUCUCCUGCUGUGAAUUCCAAGAGCAAUGAGGCUCAGAACACAGCUAAAGCAGUCUCUGGAGACCCUUCUAAAGCGUUUGCUUUUCAGUUUGGGUCACUUGGUCCUGAUUUGAUGAAGAUUCCUGCUCGAACUAGCUCAGCGCCUCCUAAUAUGGAUGAGCAGAAACGUGCACAGAUGCAGCAAGCUUCUUUAAAAGCAGCACCGAACGUGCCAGUUUCUGUACCGAAAAAUAACUCUCCAAAUAAGGCUGCAGAUAAUCAAGUGAUGCGGAAAGAGGGGCGCAAUCCGUCAAGCGAUAAAGCAGAUGUGCAAGUCCAUCAUAUGUCCCCUCUAAGCCAAACGCAGAAGUCUCCAAUUACGCAUAUCCGGAUGCCUUCCGUCCAGACACCUUAUCAGCAGCAUCCGCAGGUUCCUCACCCUGUGCAUUUCGGUGCCCCGCCGAAUAUGCACAUGCAGCCUCCCAAUGUGGCUCCAACCUCAUUUCAGAUGCCGAUGCCUAUGGGGUUACCUAUGGGAAACACACCUCAGAUCCAGCAACAAGUGUUUUUUCAAGGUCUCCCAUCGCACCCCAUGCACCAUCAGGGUAUGAUGCAUCAGGCGCAGGGACAUGGUUUUGCGGCUCCAAUGGGUGCUCAGAUUCAUCCUCAGAUGGGCCACGUGGGUGUGGGUAUGAGCCCGCAAUAUCCCCAGCAGCAAGGAGGGAAAUAUGGUGGGGGACGUAAGACAACACCCGUCAAGAUUACACAUCCCGACACGCAUGAAGAGCUUAGGCUUGGUGGACGCGGUGACCCGCAUCAAGAUGUGCAACCACAAGGUCCUAAAUCGCAUCCUAACACACCUCCCAGAUCACAUCCAGUGUCAGCAUUUGCUCCACGACCACUUAAUGUAAUUCAAACCUCUUUUAACACCAGUCCCAUGAUAUACCCUCCAGCUUCUGUACCCUUCAACAGUGGUCCAAUGUCAUCCGCUCAGGCACCAAGAUUUCAAUUUCCAGUUGUUGAUGGGUCUCAGAGGGUACAGUUUACCAACCAAUCUGCUCACACUGCUCCACAUGUUUCAUCUGAUUCUUCAUCUGUGAAAGCACAUGUGACAUCAUCUGCUUUCCCUGCACCUGGGAGGGUAACAGUGAAGCAAGCUGCUACUUCUGAAAAGCUUGAAUCACCUAAAGCCAGGUCACAUGAAGAAACUAACGUUGCUCUGUCACAAAAGAAGGCCGAGACAGGUUUAUUGGACUCUUUACAGCAGCCGAAACCUGGCUCUGUCUCCGCAUUAUCAAACUCGUCUGCUCCACCAGCAAAGGCACCUGUGGAGACUGUCACAGUUGCAACAACUACGAUCGGAAGUGUGCAAAUUGUGAAUGAGUCGAGUUCAGUUGAAGAUCAAACACAGACGUGUAAGGUGGAACCCUCUCAUAAUGCAACUGAGGUUCAUGGACAGACUCCUGUAUCUGAUCUCGAAACAAAAGCCAUUGCUGCUAAGGAAAAUUCACGACUUCCAGCUACCAAUGGGCUUGAGAAGCAAAACGUUCCAGCUUCUGACGCACCAGAUACAAAAAUUGACAAAACUGCGGAAGACCUAAACUGUGAUGAGCGGACUAUUUCAGGAAAGCAAGUUGAAGAGUCUGUAAUUUCUGAUGAGAAACUCGAAACAGUAUCAGGCGUGCUUGAGAAGGCGCAUAAUGAGGUGGAUGGUGCCACAGACAUAAGUUCCGACUCUGAGAAAGUAGCUAAAGUUGCAGAUGAUACAAGCUCCGAGCUUCCACAUUCUACUCAUACUCAGUCAUCUACGGUUCCUGUUGGACAUUCUAGUAAUAGUUUGACAUCUGCCCCAGCUUCUCUUUCCAAGGAUAAACCUGCUUUUGAAUCGAACAUAAGAAGAACUACGUCUACCAAAGGAAGGAAGAAAAUAAAAGAAAUUCUUCAGAAAGCAGAUGCUGCGGGGACAACUGCUGAUCUCUAUAUGGCUUAUAAAGGGCCUGAGGAGAAGAAAGAGAUUGCAAUGCCUUCGGAGAGCUCUGACGUUUCAAACGAGAAGCUGGCACCUGCCAUACCUCAGGAUGUUGUUGAGGCCACCAUGGAUGCUGAACCGGUGAAAAAUGAACCGGAAAACUGGGAAGAUGCAGCUGAUGUUUCCACACCAAAGCUGGAAAGUGUGCAGGGAAAGCCAGGUUCCGCAGAUGAGGUCAGAGACGGCUGCAGUAAUACGGAAAAGAAAUACUCCCGCGAUUUCCUCCUUAAGUUUGCAGACAUGUUUACUGCUCUUCCUGAGGGCUUUGACGUUUCGCCUGAUAUUGCUAACGCCUUGAUCUUUGUUAAUACGGGUGCGCCUCAUCAUGAACAUGGAAAGGUUAUGGAUCGGCAAGGUAGUAGUGGUCGACGUCCCAGCAAUAUGGUUGAUGAUAGGUGGGCGAAGAAUCAGGGUUCUCUUCCCUCAGGACAUGGAGGUAACGCAGGUUUCCGAACUGGCCAAGGAGGAAACUCAGGAGUUCUAAGAAACCCUCGUAUGCAGCAGGGACCGAUUAUGUCUAGACCGAUGCAACCUGUGGGUCAGAUGGGAGGAAUGGGCAGAAACAACGACUUAGAUAGGUGGCAACGAGGUUCAAAUUUCCAACAGAAAGGACUUUUUCCUUCUCCGCAUACUCCUAUGCAGGUGAUGCACAGAGCUGAGAGAAAAUACCAAGUUGGUACUGUUACAGAUGAAGAACAGGCAAAGCAAAGGCAGUUAAAGGGCAUCUUGAACAAGCUGACUCCACAAAACUUUGAGAAGCUGUUUGAGCAAGUUAAAAAUGUCAAUAUUGACAACGUUGUUACGCUUACUGGUGUUAUCUCACAGAUAUUUGACAAAGCUUUGAUGGAGCCUACCUUCUGUGAGAUGUAUGCAGAUUUCUGUGUACAUCUGUCUGGGGCGUUACCUGAAUUAAAUGAGGACGGUGAGAAGGUUACCUUCAAAAGAUUGCUACUCAAUAAGUGUCAGGAGGAAUUUGAAAGAGGAGAGAAAGAAGAGGAAGAAGCCAGUAGAGUUGCCGAAGAAGGACAAGUAGAACAAACUGAGGAGGAGAGGGAAGAGAAGAGACUCAAAGUGCGGAGGAGAAUGCUCGGUAAUAUUAGACUUAUUGGUGAGUUAUACAAGAAAAGGAUGUUGACUGAGAAGAUCAUGCACGCAUGCAUCCAAAAAUUGCUCGGGUAUGAUCAGGAUCCACAUGAAGAGAACAUUGAAGCUCUGUGUAAACUAAUGAGUACGAUAGGAGUUAUGAUCGAUCAUAGCAAAGCUAAGGUCCAUAUAGAUGCAUAUUUUGACAGAAUGAAGAUGCUAUCAGGCAAAGAAGAAUUGUCUUCUAGGGUGAAGUUCAUGUUAAUUAAUGCCAUCGAUCUGAGAAAGAACAAAUGGCAGGAGAGAAUGAAGGUUGAAGGGCCAAAGAAAAUUGAGGAAGUGCACAGAGAUGCUGCACAAGAACGCCAAACUCAAGCUAAGAGGCUUUCACGUGGACCUUCAAUGAAUGUGUCAGGAAGAAGAGGGCAUAUGGAGUAUAGUCCUAGGGGAGGAGGAGGAGGAAUGCUGUCACCUCCGAGUGCCCAAAUGGGUGGUUAUCAUGGACCAUCCCAAGGUCGUGGCUAUAAUAAUAACCAGGACAUUAGAUUUGAUGAAAGGUCAUCUCCCGCAUAUGAGCCUAGGUUGGUUCCAAUGUCUCAAAGGUCAGUAGGUGAGGAGCCUAUUACCUUGGGCCCUCAAGGUGGUCUUGGUCAAGGAAUGUCGUUUAGAAAGCCUGCAGUAUUGUCAAAUACUCUGCAGUCUGAUCCUAGGCGACCAGCUGGAGGUUUGAAUGGUGUUGGCUCACAAAGACCUGCAAGUCCUGUUACUCACGGACGGUCAAGUCCUCAAGAGCGGGGAUCAACUUAUGUUCACAGGGAGUUUUCUCGUGCUUCUGAGCCGUCAUCAGAAGUGUCAUCUGCUAGGCAAGUACCGCAAGGACCAUCGUCAGCAGUAAACAGCCCUCGAGAAAAUUUGUUGUCCGAGGAACGGUUACAAGAUAUGUCCUUGUCUGCCAUUAAGGAAUAUUACAGUGCCCGAGAUGAGAAGGAGAUUGGUUUAUGCAUGAAAGACAUAAAUUCACCAGCUUUCCACCCAACAAUGAUUUCUCUGUGGGUUACUGAUUCUUUCGAGAGAAAAGACAAAGAAAGAGAUCUCUUGGCAAAGCUCCUUGUUAACCUUGUGAAAUCUGCUGACAACGUCUUAACCGAAGCCCAACUAGUGAAAGGGUUUGAAACUGUGUUGACGACCCUGGAGGAUGCUGUGAAUGAUGCUCCAAAAGCAGCAGAGUUUCUAGGAAAAAUCUUUGGUAAAAGUGUGACAGAGAAAGUAGUGACAUUGGCAGAGAUUGGUCGGUUAAUACGUGAAGGAGGAGAAGAACCAGGAAGUCUGAUGGAGUUUGGGUUAGGAGGUGAUGUUCUUGGGAGUGUUUUGGAGACAAUAAAGUCAGAAGCAGGAGAAGAAGCUUUUGUUGAGAUUCACAAGAGCUCAGGUCUGAGGAUUGAAGAUUUCAAACCUCCUGCACCUAACCGGUCUAAGAUUUUAGAUAAAUUUACUUAGGCAUCAAAAAAAUGUAUGGAACCAUCUUUUGGACGGUUCUGUCUCUUCGUCUCUCUCUUUUUUUUUUUUCAAGUGCUCAACAAACUAAUCUGUUAAAAAGGAGUUUCUCUAUUUUAUUUAUUAUAAUAGCAAAACCUUCCAAAAAUGUUCAUGUCAUAAAUCGUUAUAAUAACUAGAUAUGUGUUCUGCU